GCCCUUGGGGUCUCUGCCAACUCUAUAAUGACCCUCCUCAAAAAGCUUCUUCCUCCACUCUCUCCACUUCCAGAGCGUCCUGCCAACCUAACCAAAAGGUUAAAAAGACUGAAGUGGGCAGCAGAUCCCGAUCACUUCAAGGGAUCUGGCAGCUCUCCGGCACCUUCCUAAGCGGCGCGGGGGGCGUUGCAACUCCUUCCGACUUGCCAAACCUCCUCCCCUCCGAGCUUUCUCUCCCCUUUCUCCAUCGAGCCCCGUUCCGGAGUGAGUGUGGAGCCCCUUGGAGCCUCCCUCCCUUCUCUUCCCGAGGCGGGUGGGCCAGGGGCCAUUGCGGAGAAAGUGCCCCAGGGCGACCCGUCUCCUCGCCCCCCCCCCUUCCCUUGGCAGCGGCAGCGCUCUCCUCCUUCGCCUUCCCCUCCGGCGCCCUGCGGCCGCUUCGCCAAAAGUUCAUGCCCCUUGGAGAGUUUGGAGAGGGACGCGCAAAGCCGGGAGAGGAACUCUCCUUCCCUCCCCGGGCUCUCAGAGUCCUGCGGACCGGGCGGCAAGAAAGGUGGCCUUCUUCCCUUCCUUCCUGCCUCCCUCCCUCGUCUGUGCCUGCAAUAAAGAGACUUUGCGCCGAGCAGCCCCCCUGCCCCGUCCCGAUGCACCGCCUCGCCUUCGUCCUCCUCCACUUGGGAGCCUUGGCCAACUUUGGGGACCCGGCCGCCCCCAGCGGAUCUAUCCGAGCCUUGCGGGCGUCCAACCUGCGGAGAGAUGAGAGCAAUCACCUCACAGCCUUGUACCGUAAAGAAGAGACCAUCAGCGUCUGGGAACAUGGCUCUAUCCACAGUCCACGCUUCCCACAAAGUUACCCCAGAAAUCUGCUGUUGACAUGGAAGCUGCUUUCGCCAGAGAAUGCAAGGAUACAGCUGGUGUUUGAUCCUCAGUUUGGACUGGAGGAGCCAGAGAAUGAUAUCUGCAGAUACGAUUUCGUGGAAGUGCAAGAUAUUUCUGAAAUCAGCAUGCUGAUCCGAGGACGGUGGUGUGGAUACAAAGAAGCUCCUCCAAGAAUAACAUCAAAAACAAACCAACUGAAGAUCACCUUCAAAUCAGAUGAUUACUUAGUGGCGAAACCUGGAUUCAAGAUUUAUUAUUCCCUGGUGUAUGAUCUUCAGGAUGUAUCUGUAGCCAACUGGGAAUCAGUUACCAGCCCUGUUAUGGGCGUUUCCCAUCAUUCUUCAUCAGUGACUGAUCCUACUCUAACGGCAGAAGCUCUGGAUCAAACCAUUGCUGAAUUUGAUACCGUGGAGGAACUGCUGAGGCAUUUUAAUCCAGACACAUGGCAAGAGGAUAUGAAGAAUCUGUACACAGAAACUGCGCCACCUCGAGGAAGAAGUUUCUAUGAGAGAAAGUCAAAAGUGGAUUUGGACCAACUGAAUGAUGAUGUGAAACGCUACAGCUGCACACCAAGGAACUAUUCUGUCAACAUAAGAGAGGAGCUGAAGCAGACCAGUGUGGUUUUCUUUCCACGCUGCCUUCUUGUCCAACGUUGUGGAGGAAACUGUGGGUGUAGCUUCACACGUUGGAAGUCCUGUACCUGCACCCCAGGGAAAGUGGUGAAAAAAUAUCAUGAGGUGCUGAGAUUCACCCCUGAAGCAAGUCCUACCUGGUGGCGGCGCAGAACCAAGAACAAUAUGGCACUAAUUGAUAUUCAGCUGGAACACCAUGAGCGUUGUGACUGCAUCUGUAGUGCAAGACCACCCCGAUAAAAAAGAGAGUAGACCAACCCAUUUGCAGAUUAAUGGACCUCUUCCUCUAGAAAUUGGAGCUAGCCUUAGAGCUUCUCCCAGUGGCCAAGUUUGCUGACAUCUCGAGUGUACCUGGUAGAGAGACCCACAGCCUUCCGAUGUAUAGUCCUAAGUGCCAUGACAGUUAACCAUUCAUAACACAGAUUUCUAUAGAUAAAUGCAAAUCUGGAUUUAAGCAUUAGAAAACAAGAGAAACCUAAGGGGAGAAAUCUUCAGUGUCUCCGCUGAGAUCUAACUUAUACAAUGGCACUGAUUUUUUUUUUUUUGGCUGAAUUUUCUUAGUAGGCUUUCUAAAUCCUAGAUGCAAAAGUUACACAUGGGUAUGUAUGCAUAUAUUCGCAUACCUUUGCACACAACUCUACAUACAGACCUAUUGAACUAAGCACACUUAAAAUGUAAAUAAGGGAUGGGGGCAUAUAUAUAUAUAAAGAUAAUAUCAGUCCAAUUUAUAUACAAAUUUCCCAGUCAAGCAAAAAUGAAUAAAGGUUUCCAGCUGGGGAUCUGGUGUACUUCAUAUAGUAUUGUGGUGUUGCAUGGGGGAAACAGUGGGAAUGCACUUGUAUAUGCAUUUGAGCAAGACUGAACAUUAAGCAAGACUGUACAUUAAGCAAUCUAAGCCAGAGGAUGUUGGGACUGGCUUAUAGUCUUCUGCAUGUUCAUAUACUUUUACAGGUUAGUUUAGAACUUCCCAAAAAACCUGACCUAUUUUCAUUCAGGUUCCAAGCUCAAAAACACCGUAAUGUAUAUAAAAUUAACUAUACAAAGGAUAUUUUUAGUCUGUUCAUGUGGAGUGCACUGACUCAGUGCCUCCUGACUUCUUAAGACACAGGGAGACUCAUCUUCAGUGUGGAAAGAAGUCAAACUGUUUUCCAAAUAGUAGUAUAAAUGUCAGUUUGUUACUCAUAUUAAAGUUUCAGAAGGUCAUACUGGAAUCUUCAGUUUGCUCUGUCUUGUAUAGAAAGAUCCCAGAGUACUGGAAGGCCCUUGAGUAUAACAUUUUGUGAGAAGCCACCAUAUACCAAAGAAUUGAUUGGUUCCUAGCUUCCAUAGAAUGGAACACUUCUGGACUUUGCAUAAAUGUCUGGGAUGGCUCGAUCUACAACAUAAACAAAGACCAUGAAAUGCUCAGAAGGCAUUUUGAAUAAAGAAACAAUAUGACCCAAAAAUGCCCUGAUUUCUAACCUGUUUGAGUGAAAUUCCAUUGGAUAUCUGGAAACUUUACCCCUUUUUCCAGUUCCAUUUUCACUCAUCUUCUGUCUUUAAUUGUUGUUAGACUGGAUCAUUUUCAAAUGUCUUUUAUAACAGAUACUCAGCAUUUUGUAUAAUACCUUUGAGUAGUCUAGUUGCUUAGCAUGCUGUUAUUUUACUUACGGCAAUCCUUCUAGGCAAGUCAAUAUUUCUAUCAUCCAUGUUACAAAAAAGAGACUAAACUGAAAUUUGAACCAGGGGUUUCCUGUGUUGUAGCUCAAUCUCUUAGCUACUACAUUAUUUCUUCUUGCCUACAUACCAAUGUUAAGAGCAAGAGGGAGUUCUAGUUUUAUAGGGGAGACUUAAGCAGCAUUCUUGUAGCCACAUGCAAAAUGCUAUGCUAUAUACAGUAGUCUUAGUUAAUUGUCUUUAGUAGCUUCCUUGGGCAAUUUUGACAUUUUAAAAAAAGUUUGUAUUUUAUUUUGAUAAGACACAUUAAUGCCUUGAACCUCACCCAAUCCUUGCCAAACAAUUCAAAAUGUUUAUUAUUUUUGCAGAACAUAGAUAUUUUUCAUUUACCACCUGGCUGUUGGUACAACAGAGUACUGAAACACUAUAGCAUAGCCAGCUUCUUCUGUUUUUGAAUCUAUUAUGAGAGCAACCUUCAGUUAGCACAAGGAAGAGAUUGUCUCAAUUUGUGUGUGUACAUAUGUAUAUCUUUCAAGUUACCCACAACAAAAUGUAGGUCAGCUUAUGGCCAAAAGGGAAAUGACAUUUUGAUUGUGAAUAUAAUGGAGAAAAUAGGGUGGAAAGAUUCAUAGGCAAAGGCUUAUAUUUAAUAAUAGCCCGAAGCUUCAUUUCAAUUUUAAGCAUUGCUUUUUUGCUUCCUGUCUUUAAGAAAGAAAUACAUGAUUUUAUCAUAGGUUUCAAUCAUUAAUCAAAAAAUUGUUAUCAGGGAAUAUUGUAAACCAUUCCUGUUUGGAUGAUUGCAUCAGUUGUAGAAUUCUAAUAUCUCCAUUUAUUAGAUUGGCAUCUUUUCUUAAAAGGGUGUGCUACAUUCUCCAUGUAUUCUAUAUCAGUAUCGAACUUAGUGUGCAUGAGCAAUUCUCCAUUUCCGUUUCUGGCAGAACAUUUAUGGAUCCAAACAUGAUUUGUCCCUUUUGUUUUCUCCUUUGCUCAUAUUGGUGGAUUUUUUCACUUUUCUAACUGCACCUUCAAAGCACUUAAUUCAUGAUGUUUCUAUCAUGAAAGAACAGUACUAAAGUCAAUGAUUCAAACAACCUUUAUAACCUAUGUUGGAGAAAAAAAAUCACAAUUCACCUUUCACGUUUUUGUCUGAUUCUUGCCGGAAUCUCACCCCAAAGCUGGAAAACUAGCACAUAAAAUGUAUGAAUUUAUAUUGUGUAAUGAAAAUUAUUUACUAAAGUCUAGUCUAAUUGACACCACAGCAUGGUGUUUAAUUGGUUCCAUUUAAAUUAGUUCCAUUUAGCUUGACUAAAUUGAAUUUUGACUCUUUUCUUAAAUGUGGAACCAGGUCAUCCUACAAUCAAUUUCACAGCCAUGAGCAUUCAGUAAAUAUUGGCAAGAUAAUAACUGGUAGAUGGACAUGUUUGUUCAACUUUUAACAAGAAGAGAUUGUUCUGACUUUAUGACUUUCUCAUCACUUCACUAAAAACAAAUAGCUAUUGUAAUUGUUGCUAGUUAAGUGUUUAUAGCUAAGUAGUAGAGCAUUUGGCCUGAACUGAUCUUGUAGGAAAGUGAUCUUAGAUUUGAGAAAAAGUUACUGGUUUGAACUACAGUCCCUUGAAUCUCUCACAAUUCUUAAUGGUCCUUGGCCAUGAGGGUUGGAGGACUCUGAAAGGUGUCGCCCAAAAGAGUAACUUUUUCAAACACUGAUCUAGGCACAUUUCAGUUUUCUUUAUCGGGCACAGACAUCUCUUAGUAAUUCUGAUGAUUUCCAUUUUACCUUCCAUCCUUUCUAUCCUGCCCAUACUAAGACACAGGCAACAGGUAACUUGAACUGUGAACUAGAUAUUUUGUUCUGCUUUUCCAACUCAGUUUUGGAAGUUUCGGUGGUGCUCAGACUACACUUAGAGCAGGCAAAUCAAGUAGUUCAUUCACUGACUGUUCAUUGUACAAUCCAAAAGGGGAAAAUUAACUAACCAUUAUACGAAUGACUUCCAGAGACAACGUACAGAAUCAACUGUUGGACGUUCAGGAGAGAAGCACAGUAUGGCUAAUUUCUUUUUCAAAGGAGAAGUGGGAUUAUUUGUAGAACCCUGACUGAGGGUUGAUGGAAAAGACAUGAUUGACAUGGUGUGAAUAUGGGCUAUGUAAAUAUUCUACCCACUUUGGUGUCUAUGACAGACCAAUGUUAUAUGAGGAUAUCAGUCAUACAUGUGUGAUAGUCUACUUGGGCUUAGUGACAGGCUCUUCAAAAAUGAGAGGGACUCCAUAAAAGCCUAUGGCUUGAUUUUGCAUUGCAGCACAAAAGUUAGACAGGCAUUUGAACUGGCAUAUAGUAUGUAUACCCAUAUAGGAUGCAAGAAAUAAACCUGCAAACAGUCUUAAUAAUAAUCAAAUGUAAUAGUCAAGAAAUGUACUAUGAUGGGCAGGCCCAAGAUUUUUGUUGCCAAAUGCAAAGGACAAAUAGGACAUACAUCAAACCUCAACUUCCCAAAGUUAAGUAGACUGUCAGGUUAACCUUAUUUCAACACUGAUGAUGGGACUGUGGCCUCUAUAAUCCGGAAGGACAAAAAACUAGGUCAUGAGUCUUGCUGGGUCAUACAAGAGAGAAGAGUAGGCAAGGGCAUAGGAAGAAGAAAGGGGAGGUGUUACCAGUCCUGCAUCUGACACCAUUGCUUCAUUUUUUCCAACUCCUGUUUUUUUGCUCAUAUACAGAUUCUCAGGGCUAAUACCAUAUGUCACAUUCAUACACGGUGGAUAAGGUUAAAUACUAUGGAGAAAUGGAGAACAGGGUUGUCCAUCAUCAGCAACAGGGUUGUAGCCCAUUGGUCAUAUGCAACUCCAGGACUGUUUUUGUGGCCCACCAAGAUUCUCGCCUGGAAGUCAAUCUAUUCCUGUAAAAAUGGCCUCUCCUGGGCCUCAACUGGCCCAAAGAGGUCCAAAAAUAUGCUAGUAUUGAGUGUCGGAGUACCUAAAAUUGGAGACAUUAGGAAUUUUCAAAAAGUCUAUUAUUUUGGCCAGGUAUACAGCAGGAAGACAUAACUAUGCAAAGUUCCCUGGGGGCCAACCUCUGAUAGUUAACCUCACCACCUUAGUGACCUUAGAUCUCGUAAAUGUUAUACCAGCAUAAUAAAUGCUGCAUGCUCAACAUCUGAUUACCAGUACUUCUCUCCUUUCUCCAAAGUGUUAACACAAGUGGCUGUCAAUAAAGCAACAACAGGUUCAUUCGGAGAUGGCAAAUUUGAAGAGAAACCAUAGAACCAUUCACCCACAGGUAUAUAUUGUUGCAAAAAACCUUAAGCAAAAAGAUCCCGAUGUCUAUUAAAGUCCAUAUGAUUUCUCUGAACAUAAAUCAUGUGAAUCCACCAGGAUAGUCUCUUGUAUUGUCUCUGUUCUGAUUUUCGCAAUCACUUCUCUCUUUCACUUCUCUAAAGCAAGUACUGAUUUCAUAAUGGGAAAUACAAUUUUGAAGCAUUUUUAAAUAACAUAUUUUCAACAUCGUUCUGCUAAGCUGGGAAAAUAGCUUUCAUAAUAAUCACUGCAUUCCUUUAUGAUAGAUCCCGCUUUCUUAUGUGCAAUUUUGUAUAUGGAUUGUUAUUUUUGUUGUUAUAUCCCUAAAAUGCUGCCUUUUAUAGACUGACAUUUGGACAGUAAGCACAUGCAAUAUUUGUCUUCUCUAUUCACUUAAAAAUAAAUGGUAGCUUUUGAA